AUGGCGGUCCCAGCUCAAAGCAGCCGGACCGGAUCCGUCAGCAGUCUGGGGAACAGUCCAACCGCAACACCGGGCGGCUUGAACAACAACCACAAGCUGUGGUGCUGUCACGAGCUGGAUUUCAAGUCCGGAGUGAAGAUCGGAGAGCUCAACCGACUCAUCCAUGAAUUCAGUAAACAAGACCAGCGCGAGUAUGAUGACCAGAGGGCACUGGAAAUACACACCGCCAAGGAUUUCAUCUUCUCCAUGCUCGGCAUGGUACAAAAGCUGGACCAAAAGUUGCCUGUUGCAAAUGAGUACCUAUUGUUGUCUGGUGGUGUGCGAGAAGGUGUGGUGGACAUGGAUCUUGAUGAGCUUGGUAUCUAUAACCGUGGCUCUGACUAUGACAUGGCCUUCACCCUGUUGGUUCCUGCCCUAAAGCUACACGACCGGAACCAGCCCGUCACACUGGACAUGCGGCACUCAGCGCUGGGUCACUCAUGGCUCAGCUUGCGACUUUUUGACGAAGGUACGAUCAACCGCUGGCGGGACUGCUGCACGAUGACCGACCAUCUGAAUGGCACCACCAACUACUUCUUCUCACCCACACUUGUAGCUGACUGGUUCCAAGAAGCAGUUGGAUUGGUGCUGGCAGAGUUGCAGCGCAAACCGCAAAGGGGCACCCCGAGGGUGGAACGGGUUGAGCGUCACAGCACGCUGCUGUCUAUGGUUUUGGGUGUGGGCAGCAGUCGUAUGCUUUAUGACAUUGUUCCUGUGGUGUCUUUUAAAGGCUGGCCAGCAGUUGCCCAGAGCUGGUUGAUGGAGAACCACUUCUGGGAUGGGAAGAUCACAGAGGAGGAGGUGAUCAGUGGCUUCUAUUUGCUGCCUACCUGCUCAGCCUCCGGUUGCAGAGAAAACGAAUGGCGUCUAUCAUUUGCCCGCAGCGAAGUCCAGUUGAAAAAAUGCAUCUCACCAGGACUCAUGCAAGCUUACCAGGCAUGCAAGGCGAUUAUCGUCAAGCUGCUGGCCCAGCCUACAGCUGUCAGUCCCUAUUACUUACGGAGCAUCAUGUUGUGGGCCUGCGACCGGCUACCUUCAAGCUAUUUGGCACAGGAAGACUAUGCUGCACACUUUCUGCUUGGUAUAAUGGACGAUUUGCUGCAUUGCCUGGUCAACAAGACCUGCCCAAACUAUUUCAUCCCGCAAUGUAACAUGCUGGAGCAGCUAUGUGAUGAGACAGCCAUGUUUCAGGCUCGCAAGCUUGCGCUUGUACGCUCGGAUCCAGCUGAGCACCUGCGCUCUAUCAUUGAGCAGGCCAAGGCUGCCAAUAGACUUACCCAGGAGAUGCAACGUCGUGGCAGUUCCUCAGGUCUGCCGUCUCCAUUGGAAGAUCCCUCCUCCACAGAUCACCAACAGCCUGAUGACCGGUUGGCCAAGAAGCUGCAGCAAUUGGUGACUGAGAAUCCAGGCAAGUCCAUCUCUGUGUUCAUCAACCCUGACGAUGUCACACGCCCUCACUUCCGCAUUGAUGACAAGUUCUUCUGAAAGGAAAGAUCUAUUUUCACUUCUCCUCUGCUCUCCUUGCAUUUAUCAUGAUUGAACCUGGGCAUGUGCGUGACACUGUCCUGAAACUGGAGCUGUGUCCCUGUGCCUGCACACAUCAGAAGUGACCGGAGAGGAUCCUAUAGGAGAAAUGUACUGCAAGAGAAAAAAAGAUCUAUAAGACUGACCUUACUGGAUGGAGAAUGCCAACCUGCUGUUUGGAUAGCUGAUCUUGCACCUGCAGAGGUUCUAAGCAUAGUGGAUUUGGUAUCCUGAUGACUCAGAACAGAGAAGAGCAGUGUAAGUCUAGCACAGUUUAGGCAAUGAAUUGCAGAUGAACCAUCAAAAAUUCAGUAUGUUCAUAGAUGGUAAUGUGUUCUGAAGAAAAGUCUGAUGUAACAAAUAUUUGAAUCAGACAGACUUAUUCUCUUGUUUAUCCGUGAAGACACUAUACAUAUGUUUCUGUAUAUCACCUCUUUGUGUUUGUGUUAUAUACAAAUAAUGCUCGGAGAGAACCUGGACAGAAAUUAACUUCCUUGUUAUUUAUUUAGAGGAAACAAUGGCAGGAUUUGCCAGAGGAAGCCAACCCACAUUCCUCUCUAAGGGAUUAAAAUCAUAUUCCCUAAGUGCAAUUAAUUGAAUGUGAAUUUAUGCUCAGUUAGAGUGAGUUGUAGUAGACAAAAAUGUUCAACCAUAAGAAUGCAGAAUACUCAAAAGGAUUUUUGUAACAUGUGGGGUAUGGGACUUACAAAAAAUUACAGUGUAGGACAUUAGUCAUGUAGGUACUGUAUCUCAAAUAAUGAUUCUAACUUGCCUGUUUUAUUCUGCCAGUAAAUAAAGAA